AUGGGGGAGCGUGGUGUCCCCCACCGGAAAGCGAGUCCUGCUGAGGCCGGGCCAACGGGAGAGGCGGGGCGGGGCCGGGCGGGGCGGCGGCACGGAGCGCCCCCGGGGCCGUGGAGGCAGCAGAAGCUGGUGCAGAUCCACGAGGCGCUGAGCAGCGACCCGGUGGGCGUGGAGCGCCUGCGCGCCGCGGCCGCCAGCCCGGGGGGGCUGCUCACGGACGAGCUGCGCCGCCGCGUCUGGCCCAAGCUGCUGGGCGUCAACGCCUACGACCUGCCCCCCAAGCCAGGCCGGGCCCUGUGCCGGGACCACAAGGACUACGGGCAGGUGCUGCUGGACGUGAGACGCUCCACGUGCCGCUUCCCCGCCGGCAUGCGGGCUGAGCAGCGGCAGGUGCUGCAGGAGCAGCUGGUGGACGUGAUCGUGGCGCUGCUGAGCGCCCACCCCGAGCUGCACUACUACCAGGGCUACCACGACGUGGCCGUCACCCUGCUGCUGACCGUGGGUGCGCGCAUGGGCCUGGCGCUGCUGGAGCGUCUCUCCACCCACCACCUCCGGGACUUCAUGGACCCCACCAUGGACAGCACCAAGCACAUUCUGAACUAUCUCAUGCCCCUCCUGCAGCGCGAGAGCCCUCGGCUCCACGACUUCAUGCUGAGGGCGGAGGUGGGCACCAUCUUCGCGCUGAGCUGGCUCAUCACCUGGUACGGCCACGUGCUCACCGACGUGCGCCACGUCCUGCGCCUCUACGACCUCUUCCUGGCCUCGCACCCGCUCAUGCCCGUCUACCUGGCUGCCGCAAUUGUCCUGCACCGCGAGGAGGAGGUGCUGACUUGCUCCUGCGACAUGCCCAGCAUGCACCAGCUCCUGGCCCGGCUGCCCCCCGACCUGCCCUUCGAGCGCCUCGUUGCCCGGGCCCAGGACCUUUUCCGCUGCCACCCCCACGCCGAGCUGGCCAAGCAGGCGGCUCUGCAGCACCACAAAAGGUGA